UCAGCUCCUUCCAUUAAUUACAACUCCAAAGUGAUUAAGUGAAGGAGAGUAUUUUUCAGUUGCAGUCUGAUGGCCCCUCGGGUUUCCUUUCUGCUUCUGUCAUCUUUUCUUCUUCUCCUGCUUCUCUUGCUACCCAACAAAAUUCAAUCCAAACCAAGUGGUCAGCCCUUCAAGUUCCUGCACCAUCUGGAGGGAUGCCACAAGGGUCAAGACCUAAAAGGAGUCCACCAGCUUAAACGAUACCUCGAAAAAUUCGGAUAUCUGAACUAUCCACCUGGAAACAAAAGCCUCACUCAUGCCGACGACGACGAGUUUGACGAGCUACUAGAAUCUGCAGUGAAGACAUACCAGCUCAAUUACCAUCUCAAGGUCACCGGGAGUCUUGACUCCAAGACGGUGCAACAGAUGAUGAUGCCCAGAUGCGGCAUCCCAGAUAUUAUCAAUGGCACGACCUCAAUGCGAUCAGGAAAGAAGAACCAUCAUCAUCACCAUGGCCCCAGCUCUCUCCAUACAGUCUCCCAUUACACAUUUUUUCCAAACAACCCAAGAUGGCCGCCUUCCAAGACUCACCUAACCUACCGAUUCAGGUCCAGUGUCUCGGUUGUUGGCUUGCAGCAACUGAGGUCCAUCUGCUCAAGGGCUUUCUCGAGGUGGCAGCAAGUGAGCCAUUUCACAUUUGAGGAAGUUCAGAACGGUGCGGCCUCAGAUAUUGUGAUUGGGUUCCACAGAGGUGAUCAUGGGGAUGGGUAUUCCUUUGAUGGGCGUGGGGGGACUCUAGCUCAUGCUUUUGCACCAACCGUAGGUCGGUUCCAUUAUGAUGCAGACGAGAGCUGGAGCACUAAUCCCCAGCCUGGAAUGUUCGACUUGGAGUCUGUUGCAGUGCAUGAAAUUGGCCACCUUUUGGGUCUUGGCCACAGCUCGGUACCGGAGGCCAUAAUGUAUCCUUCUAUUCCUGACGGAGCUGUGAAGAGGAACCUCCAUGGGGAUGACGUCCAGGGCAUACGCGCCUUGUAUGGUUUGUCUAAGUAAUUAUCUGAUCUAUCUUAAAUAACUAAUGAACAAAUUAAUAAAGGAUGUGCUAGCUAGCCAUCUCCCUCUCCCUCUC